AUGGGCCUGCUCAGCCGAACCAUCCGCAUGCCGGCAAUAACAUGGCUGCUGGCCGCGCAGCCGUACACGCUGUCGCAAGCCUUUGAGCUGCCCCCGAUCGAGGGACACAAGGACUGGUGCUGGUCCUUUCCCUUUGCUUCUGCUGAGGCUUGCUGCUUCCGUGCCGAAGCCACCUCGGUCCAGGUCCAAGGCCGAUGUUGGCCAGAGGCCUUGAUCGGGGUCGCCUUCCUGCUCUGUUGCCUCUCGGUGGAGCACGCUGCAACCGUGAAGGCACGCGAGUUGCUUUCUGACCGAUGGUCAAUACCUGGAAGAGGACUGCUGAGUCCACCGGCGUUGCUCGAGGACCUGGCUGGAGGUUUCGGACCCCUCCACAGCGCCUAUCAUGCCAAAGAUGCGGGGGUGCUGCUUCAGCUGGUGAUGGCGCUUCCGGUGGUUUGGGCACACCUUGGAGCUACCGCCAGGCUUGCACUCGAGAUACUCAAGUGGCUGGACGACGCAGAGGCUUCAGUGGCAUCCUCCAGCGGCCCAGGGCGAUGGAAUCAAAGUUUCGAGGUACCAGCCUCCGCACAUCCCUGGCGGGUGGAGCCUGGAUGGGAGGUGCUCAUGGUGGAGCUGCAGCCUCCUCCUCAUCAGUUGCCGCUGGCCGGAAUCCCCAUCAGCUCGGAGGACCUCACGAGCCUUGAGUCCAAGCUGUGGGAUCCCCCUUUGAGCAUCGCGUCUCUGCUGCAGCGGCAUGUCUCGCGCGUGCAGCAGCUGGUGAGAGGGAGUUACGAACCGCUCAAAGCAGUUUGGGAACUCAGCCGGGAGCUGACGCUGCUCUCCCAAAGCUUGGUGCUUUUUCUGACGACCUUGGACUUGCGUCGCUCGCUGAAUCUUCCAGGACCGCAGUUUCGACUCGCCGAUGUGCCGGUCCAUUCUGGAUGCUGCGAGCGCUACCGAAUCCUCAGUGGGCUUUUGGAGCGGCUGCGCCAGGAUCUUGGGAAGACGAAGCUUGUGUACGUUGAGGUAGGCGUUGCUGAUGGGUCGACGGCGCUCUUUCUGCUGCGCCUUCCGUGGCUGCAAGCCUACCUCGUGGAGAACCAGCCGAAGGAGAGGCUGCUGAGUGCUUUGCGUCCAGUACAAGACCGGGCCCACCUGCUCCCCAUGGACAGUGUUGAGGCGGCCGCGAAGUUCCGGGAAGCGGGCCUGGUAGCUGAUGCAGUGUUCCUGGAUGGAGAUCACAGUGCAACCGGAAUUCGACGGGACUUGGCUGCCUGGGUCCCCCUUCUUGGAGACGGCGGCCUCCUCGCGGGCCACGACUUCUCCUGGGAGCAUCCGGGAAUCCUGGAAACAAUCUUCCUCGAGCGAGCAGGCUCCGAGUUGUACCUCGCGCCUGACCAUGUCUUCUAUUGGUUCCAGAGAUCCAACCAAAGCGAUGUGCACACUCGGAAAAGACGGCUUGCUGUUCUGGAAGUGCAGUUGCAUGUGCAAGGCAGGAUUCAGACACAGUGCCGCAAGCUACUGGACUUGACUUGCGAAAAUGCAGGGGCUCCUCAAAGUCAGGGCCACACACCAUGCACCUUGGUUUCCGCGUCAGAGAUCAUAGCGAUCGACGGAGCAGGCAGGUGGAUGCCUGGAAGUCGGAGACGCCGUGGACCCAAAGGACCGGUGCCGAACAAAGAGUCGGCCUUGUCGACUGCAGCGGAUGGUGAGUCUGAGCACAUUCGCGGUCCGUUGGCACCAUCAGUGGCAGUGGCAGCCUUCCGGGGAGCCGUAGCUAUGGACGUCAAGACCGGCGGAGCGCCGCUGCUCAUCGAGGUGUCCUCUCACCUGGAAUCAAUCACCAAGGUUCUCUUCUCCCAAGACUCACUCGAGAAGACCAACUUGGCCGAGGCCCUUUGGCCCAUCCUGGAAGGCUCAGGGUGGGAGGAGGAGCGGAUUGAGAGGUUCUGCAGCACCUGCUGGGAGGCCGCUCGCAAAGCCGGCCUGCGCCGGGCCACCCAAGACAGGCCGGAGCCGACCUCGAGGAAUCCUCAUCAAGUCUUGCAGCGGGCGCUUUCUAUCCUGGCGGAGACACAUGCGCAGGAGUUGGUUCAAGAGGAGGAGGAGCAGCUGUCGCGGUCGGCUCGACGUGCGGCGAAGGCUGGUCGCGCCUUUGAGCCGGAGGUUGUGGCGGAGGAUGCCGAUGAUGCUGCGUCGCAGUACGCGCCGUCUUCUGUCAGCAGUGACGACUUGAGGGUGCAUGAUCGGAGCAACCCCUUCAGUGCCCUCCAGGAUUUCAAGGAGGGAGAGGAGGAGGCUCCGAGCACAGGCAGUCUGCCCGCAAAGCCUCGCUUGAAAGACCGUUGCAAGUGGACAGUCAAAAGCUACAAAAACGGCACAGAGACUACGUGGGACGUGCUUGAGUCGGAUGGACAUCUCCGCAGCAUGCGCAUCGUUGGCAAGGAGCCCGUGCUGCCGGCUCAGGCAGAGUGCCCGCGGCGUAAAGGAGGCUCUGACAGCAAGGAGGAGCGAGAGAAGUCGGUGACCCUCUCCUACUCCGAAACUGCGGAAGAGGAGCAGUCCAUUUCCAUCAUCCGAACUGUGUCAAGUGGGACUGCAGCACGUUUGUGGGAUGAGUUGGAGGAUGAAAGGCGGCGCGGCGACGGAAACGAGGGUCUCGAAGGUUUGGACGAAGGUUCGACGAGCGAACGAAGCACGGUCUCCGAGGCGGAGGCAGCUCCGGGCGUUGGGGUCCAACAAGCCGCGAGCGGUAUCAGCCAGACCAACCCGCCCAGGGAACAGGAGGUGCCUGGGACGAUGGAGUCUGACUCUCGACCCUCGUGUAUGUGGAGUGGUCCACCGUCGGUUCCCCCCCCGCUGCCGAAACGGUCAAGUCCUUUGGCGCCCAUCGGCACAGCAGUUGCCGACGCGCCCGACGAGUCAUCCAUGUGGAGGCCGCAGACCUUUGAGUCUCCUCUGGUCCAGCGUGCCGUCACCAGCGGCUGCAGUGUGUAUCGAACUCCGUCUUUGCCCAGCCGUUUGGAGCCUGCUUCACCAGGGCCUUCUGUCUUGACAUCGCCUGGCAUCGGGGAGGCCCUUCCGUACUCCAUGGGGCGCCGCAGGGUUGGCAGUCACGACGUGAGCUCUAGCAGCUUGUUCACACGGCAGAUGUCGAUCGAGUCUUACUCAACCGAAAGGGAGCCCAGCUCAUCAGCCACCCCCGCAGCGCUCUUCCCGAGCACGCCGGACUUCUGCCCAAGCCCUGCAGGAAGCUUCAUGCUGCCGCCCCUGCAGCCAGUGCCUCCCGCGAGUUACCCUGUAGGGCUGCGAAACCCGCUCCCGGCACCGGCCUUGCGAGCAGAAGUCUCGCCCCUCUGUCCCGGCGCCGGCAUGAUGCGGGUACAAGUCAAAGAGGGGGAGAUGACGAAGACCAUCUACACGCACAUCAUGGAGCAAAAAUAUGACAAGGCAGUGAAGAUUCUCAACCAGCAGCUUCAGUUCUUCCCGGAGAGCCGCUGUGCUUUGUCAUUGCUCGGAUACUGCUACUACCACAUGCAAGACUUUGCCAGUGCUGCAGACAUCUACGGUCAGCUUGUGCAAGUCGUUCCGGAGAUCGACGAGUACAAGAUUUACCAUGUCCAGAGCCUGAUCAAGGCAGGCUUGUAUGAGGAGGCCAGCCAGGCGUGUACUUCCGUGGAGUCGCCGGAGUACACUGAGCGGGUCCUGAUGCUACAAGCCACGAUCUCCUACGAACAGGAAGAGACACAAUUGGCUCGCAGCAUCCUGGAUCAAUGCCAUCCAGACUCUGAGGAGAGGCAGGUCUUCGAGGGAGCACUGCUUUGGAAAGAGAAGCGGUAUGCAGAAGCUAUGAAGCUGUUCAAUGACGCGAUAACUAGCACCGGCUACCAGGCAAGCCUUGCAUACAACAUCGCCCUUUGCUACUAUAGCUCCAAGCAGUACGGCCCGGCGCUGAAGCACAUCGCCGAGAUCAUCGAGCGCGGUGUCCGGGAUCAUCCGGAGCUGUCUGUGGGAGCUUUGUCAGAAGGCGACCUCAAAGCUCG